GGCGGGAGGAGGCGUGGCGCGGAGCCGGAAGUUGGCCGCCGGCGGUGCCCGCUGGGGCCAUGUCGGCCUCCCUGUUGCGGCGGGGGCUGGAGCUGCUAGAGGCGCCAGGCCGGAGAGAAGCCCUGCCGGGAGUCCGGAGGGACCGGGACGGUGCCGGGGCGGUGGGCGCUGCGAGGCGGAAGAAGAGGGAACGGGAACCCAGGAGGAACAAGGCCACGAUCAAGGGCAGAGUCGUGAAAUCGGCGAUAGAGGAGUAUCACAAGAAGAAGGUCGUGAAUCACAUGAGAGAAAACCUGAAGUACAUGUUAAAAGGACGGAUCGUUGCAAACAAAGCCAUCACAGAACAAGUUCUUGCACAGAACAGAGGCAGAAAGUCCAAAGAUCAGCCUCCAAAGAAGGCAGCAAAGAAGAAGCCUGAGGGCACUGUCUUUACUGAGGAAGAUUUCCGUAAAUUUGAGAGAGAAUACUUUGGGAGGCCAUAAACAAGGUGAUGGGGAUUCUGGCAGCUUCAGCCUUUCUGCAGCUGGACUGGUCAUUUCCUCAGUGUGUUUGAGACAGAACAUUGGAGAUGUGCCUCUGUCAGCAGGUGCAGAGCAGCUCUACGUCUGUGCAGAACUUGCUACUGGACAGCUACAGCCAUAGAGGUUCUCUUGGCUCUGAGAUGUGCUACAAUUAUCUCCCUCCAGCCAACAUCUUGCAUCCUUAAUGUAUAAGGGUGAACCAAGCCACAUACAAACCUUGUUCUCCAUUCUCAGGUUGUAAGGCUUCUGCUAUUUGUGUUACUUGCCAGGGAGCAUUUAAAGUACUGUGUCUGAAUGGAGGAGUGUUUUGGACUAGCAGUAAUGAUUGGAAGGGAAGGAUGCUUUGAAGACUGUUAAACCUGAGUAGCCCUAUAGGCUCUUAUGACAGCCUCUGUCAGUUUUUUCAGUAAUUGCACAGAAGGUUUUAUAUGUUGUUUGAUUAAAUAAUUGUUGCAGA